UUUUUAAAACGUGUCUGCUAGGGAGAGAUUUUCACACCCUUAUGCUUCGUUCUCCUCCCGAACCGAGGUGGGAUCCCACAAUAGAAACCUUCGUGUUCUUGUUGGGGUUUCGGAAGUUGAGCCAAUCCUCUUCACCAAUCUUUAAUUUUCAGGCUGUUUCUGGUAUGCUUUCUGAUAAACUAUUGAUACCUAAACCAAUACACCAUUGAACAUUGAGUUAUUCACCAACUCCAUGCCAGCCUCUUCCAUUUCCUUCUAGCCUGAUCUCUUAUAUAUAUAAUAAGCUCGCACAGAUUACCCUCAACCCCAUCAUCAAGGUUACCAAGAACACAAGUUCUAUUAGCUCUUCCUUCAGCUUCCUCUCAUGGAGUCUUACAGAGUUCUCUACUUCCCUAUUAAGGAUAUAGCCUGCCUUCUUCUGCUAUGCUUGAUGUGUUUAUCUGUUAACUCGGCCAGACUUCUUGAUGAGCAGCCACAGGUUCCGGUGGGUACUCCGGUAGGAUCCAACGUCGUCGGGACGCCUGUUGGCAAUCUGGGGCAACCUAGUUUGGGUGGGACGCCGGUUGGUAAUCCGGGGCUAGGAGCUACUACACCUUCAACAACUCUACCUAGUCCUGGUGGGAUUGAAGGUGAUCAUGUCUUAACCUUCUUCAUGCAUGACAUCCUUGGCGGCUCGAACCCGACAGCUCGGGCGGUUACAGGGGCGGUUAAUAAUCCCGCUCUCAAUGGCCAGCUUCCCUUUGCCAAACCCAAUGGAGCAGUUUUAUCAGUUGGCAAUGGUGUCCCCCAGAGUAAUGGAAACAGUGGUCUGAUUAACAACAACAACCUCCCCUUUCUGGUUGGCCUAGGCGGAGCUACAUCGCCAUUGUUGCAAAACAAUGGCGGCGGUGGCGGCGGGAACAACUUCAAUGGCGGGUUUAGCUUUCCAUCUGUUAAUGCUGGACAGCUCCCAUCUGGAGUAUCGAUACAGCAGCUCAUGUUCGGUACCAUGACAGUGAUCGACGAUGAGCUCACGGAAGGACACGAGCUCAACUCUGGCUUGAUUGGAAAAGCACAAGGAUUCUACGUUGUGAGCUCAGAGGAUGGAAACAGUCAAACAAUGGCAUUCACAACCAUGUUUCAGAGCGGCCAUUACGUCGAUAGCCUAAGCUUCUUCGGAGUUCAUCGGACCGCCGUGUCGGAGUCGCACUUGGCCAUCAUGGGAGGCACCGGAAAAUACGUAAAUGCAAAGGGAUAUGCCAAUGUGAAGACUCUGCCAGGCGCCAACCAGCAGCAAACUGAUGGAGUAGAGACUUUGCUGCAAUUCACUGUUUACAUCAGUUACUAAAAGCACUGUCGUUUUAUCAUUGAUCCUUGAAUUGAAAAUAUGUUUUAGUU